GCUCAAACGCGAGAUACGUUCGAUAGAAUGCGAAGAUUCGAUCGCGGGGAUGGUUUUGGCUUAUUACCAGAAACUUACUGUUACCGGGAACGGUUUCUCGCGAUAGUCGGAGUUCGAAGUGUUUCGAAAUGCAACGUUUAUGCGCGAGACCGCGAGCAGGGAGUCGAAGUUACGACGGAAACUUAUCGAAAACGCAACGUCUACGCGAUAAUUUAUCCGCGAAUAAUUGAUUCGUAAUGGAAAGCUUCGAAAUGCAACGGGGAUAAGACGCCGGGGCAUUUAAGCACAGGCUGAUGUAGAAAGUUUAAGUCGCGAAGAAUAUUGGCUUAUUACCAGAAGCCCCGGAGUAAUAAUUUUCACAGCGUAACUCGCGUGAUGGAAUCUCAUACCGCACGUUUUGUAGCUCGAAUAGAUUUUAUGCUCGAGUUUUAAUCCGUUUCCGAGAAAGUUUCGAUGACGACCCUCGACGAGAACGUGAACCGUGUACCACGGGUGUAUACAACAAACGAACCAGUGGACUUAGGUUGGCAAGAAAGAAUAGAGCGAGUCUCCGUAAAUAGUCAAGAGACAUCGGACCAAGGAAGACCCAUACCAGUUGUGCUUGCUCAUCCAGAUCACUCCUUCGAGUUAAAUGAAGAAGCCUUGGCAGAAAUUCUUCUCCAACCUAAUAUCAAAGAUCGGAGUGUUGUUGUUGUUUCAGUAGCAGGAGCUUUUAGGAAAGGCAAAAGCUUCCUGCUCGAUUUUUUCCUUCGUUAUAUGAAUUAUCAGUAUAAGAACAACAACAAAACGGACUUCUGGUUGGGAAAAGAAGAUGAACCCCUGAAUGGCUUUUCGUGGAAAGGAGGCUCCGAGAGAGACACAACGGGAAUUUUAAUGUGGUCAGAGGUUUUCCCUGGCGUUUUAUCGACCGGCGAAAAAGUUGCUGUGAUUUUAAUGGAUACACAAGGUGCUUUUGAUAGUCAAUCCACUGUUAGGGAUUGUGCAACUGUGUUUGCUCUAAGCACAAUGUUGUCAUCCGUACAAAUUUAUAAUCUGUCACAAAACAUCCAAGAGGAUGAUCUCCAGCAUUUGCAACUUUUUACCGAAUACGGUAGGCUGGCGUUAGAGAACUCCGGAAGCACGCCGUUCCAAAAGUUGCAAUUCUUAGUGAGAGAUUGGAGUUACCCAUACGAAGCGGACUAUGGCGCGAGUGGCGGAAAGAAGAUAUUACAAAGGAGAUUAGAAAUUUCCGACAGACAACACCCGGAAUUACAGAGCCUGAGAAAGCAUAUAAAAUCUUGCUUCUCGGAGAUAUCUUGUUUCCUUAUGCCACAUCCAGGUCUCAAUAUUGCCACCAAUCCCAACUUCGAUGGUAGAUUGUCAGAGAUCCAAUCUGAAUUUAAGAAUCAACUUAAGGAACUGAUACCUAUGUUGUUGGCCCCAGAAAAUUUAGUUACAAAAAAAAUUAACGGCCAGGUUGUGAAAGCAAAAGAUUUGUUAGAAUACUUUAAGAGUUACAUGAAAAUUUAUAAAGGGGACGAGCUUCCUGAACCUAAAAGUAUGUUGGUGGCAACAGCAGAAGCAAAUAAUUUAACUGCGGUAGCGGAGGCCAAGGAUGUUUAUUUACGUUCGAUGGAAGUUGUUUGCGGGGGGACAAAACCAUUUUUAGCAACUGCACGUUUAGAAACAGAACACUUGCGUUCUGUCGAUAAAGCUAUCAAUCUUUUCCAAAAUAAAAGAAAAAUGGGAGGGGAUGAGUUCAGUCAGACAUACAUGGACAAAUUAAUGAAGGAUAUGGAUAAAGCUUUCACUCAAUUCAAGGCGCACAAUGAAAGCAAAAAUAUCUUCAAAGCAGCACGAACUCCCGCAGUAUUUUUCGUAAUUGCUGCCACAAUGUACUUUUCAUCUGGAAUAUUUGGUUUUACUGGUUUAUACCCGCUAGCGAACAUUUGUAAUCUUAUUGUCAGUAUUUGUAUAAUGACUCUUAUUUUGUGGACAUACAUAAGGUACAGUGGUAAUUUCAGACCGUUCGGCGCAAUACUGGAUGAGGUGGCAAAUAUUUUAUGGGAUAAUUUCAUGAAGCCACUCUACCAACAAUUUGUGGAGAAGUCAGUUUCUGUUGCAGUGGCUCAGGCUGCUGAAAUAGCUACAAAUACAACAAUGAAUGCCACUGUUACUUCUAAUGGCAAGGCUAAGCUAACAUAACAUUCAUUCCCUUCAUAACUCAAUUUCUAGAGUCCAUUAAAACAUACAUCAAUGUAUUAAAAUCGAGUAAGUGACAUAACAAAAUUUCAUAGUUUUGAUCAUUCAAUAUGAGGCCAUAAAUAACUAUUUGUUUCUUAAGUCACAAUAAGAAACACUGCGUUGACUAUAUUAAUCCGAAGCGACUGUGAAUGUAUAUACAGUAUAUUUUGAUUAUAAUUCCAUAUUAGAUUGUUGAAAAUCAUGGUUAUUAGUAUUGUUUAUGAUCAUUAAUAUUAUACUAUUAGAGAAAUAAAAAAUUCCACAAUUACUGGUAAACGAUAUUACAAUUUGGAUAAAAACUAUUAUUUUUGGGUUUGUUACUGUUUAUAAUUAGCUUUAAUUUUUUUUCUUUUUCUUUUGUAUUAAAAUAAAUUUAAAAAAGAAAACCAUUUCGAAGAAAUAUAAGUACUUUUAUAUGUUUUGAUAUCAUCAAAUACAUAUAUAACUUAUAACUUGUUACUUAGAUUGAAGAAAAAAAAGUACUUAAGUGCAUUUUAAUGUCACAAAGAGUAACAUAUAAAAAUAUUUUUAAACAAAAAUUUGAACAAUACGCACUUUGUACAUUUAUGCAUUAUUCUAUAUAUGAACAAACAAGUUCAAUUAUGUCUGUGCCAGGUUUAUUCUAUAUCACUUACUAUUGUAUUGAAUAAUUUUUUAAUAAAUUAAAAUGUAAAUACUUCUCAGUGUUCUUCACAUUUAUCGAAUUCUAAACAAAAUUCACGAUAUACGUACCUAGUUGAUCGCGUCUAAAAAAUGGGCAACAACAGUCUAAUAUAGAUAUAUUGCUUUAAUUUUAAUAUCUUAUGGACCGCAAAUAAUAAACAAAAUAGUAUAAAUAUUCUUUCGAAUAGCACCCACGACCGAUCGACAUGAAAUUUGGAGACGAGGGAAGAGCAGACAAAAGUAUAUUAAAUUUCUAUACAUCUUUGAAAUUAAAAUUUAAAAAGAGUAAAAAAUAAUAGACUUUAAUUGUUUGAAAUUUUACUUAUCAGUUGUCGACGUAAAAUUGUAUUGAAUAUAUUAAAUGAAACGUACAAAAACAUACAUAGGUGGUUCAUAAGAUGAAUUUUAUUGCCAGUAUGGUGUGAACCUCUUCCCGUGCCAUUUAGCUGGACGAAAUCCGGGCCCAGACUAAUGCUAAAUUGCUUUGUGACAGAGAUUAUAAGACUCGUGACUCAAUCACGAUCGUCAUUUGCUGUCUGCGAGUCUGGCUCGUGGUAUUCAUGUUUGGGCCAAAAUCUUCAUCGCGAGUCAGAUUCGUUAAAGUACGGGAAGGGGUUAAUAGUGCUCAAAUUUGCAUAUUAAGUGUGGCAGAUUUUAUUCUCAUUAAAUAGAGAAUAUCAUUUUUGUUAGGAAAAAUAUUAAUUAUUUUCCUUUGAAUAGAUAUUGUAGACAUAGCAAAGUCAAUCAUUUCUAUUCAUUUUUAUUUGCAUAAGUGCCAAAUUACGCGAAUACAAUGAAGAAUGGUUGUUAAAACACGUAGUUAGUUUUGAUAAAUUAACUAAUUGCGAAAAUAUAUUAAAAUCAGAGGUUAUCAGAAUCCCGAAAGUUUCGGGUAGGAACGGGACAGGAGUUCCUCUAGAAUGCUCGAAACAAAUUAUUCUAAAUUUUUCAAAUUAUAAGAGGUGAAGUGAAAAUAAUAUAUCAAGGAAAUAACAAGUAUAAUCCUGAGCAUUUUUAGGAUCUCGUCCCGUCGCGAAUAUCAAGAUCCCGCACAACCCUGAUUAAAAUUGAAUUAUCUUGCCAAACAAAUAUUAAUAUAUAUUAUAUUUAAUUUUUAUAAUAUUUUUGAUAAUGAUUGUUAAUUUAUAAUCGAGCUAAUAUUCAUUUUUGAGUACAUGUGAUACACCAUCAUCUAUAAACUGGAUUAAUAAAUGCAUCUUGAAACUUGUUACAUGUAUACAUGUUUUUAUACCAUGUAAACAGUAGAAGAUUUCAUAUUUUACAUUUUAAUAAUAAAAUGGGAGUAACACAAUUUUACGGUGGUGGUUAAAAUGAAGAGACAUUGUUUAUUAAUUAUUUUUCAAUUUGUUAAUGGUCACUUUUACUUUAAUUCGAAGAAAAAAAAAAAAGAUCCAUUUAACCGAUAGAUACGGACUUUCGCAUAUUGGUAAAAGUGUCAUUACCAAUAUUUAGAACUUCUUUGAUUUAAACCAUAUAUUAAUUGAAAUUUACUUGUCGUACAUUAAUAUCUCAUUUAAAUAUAAGAAACGAAAAAAAAAUUUACUAUUCUCUCAUUGUUAUUCGACCAUAUAUUGCCCAAUCAAUUUUAUAAUGCAAUUGCAACUGAAAGAAUGGACUUCCAAUAAAUAUUUGUUUUGCGUGUAAUAAUUUUAAUAACUUUAGUGAAUCAUAAACCAAGAAGAAAAUAAACGUACAGAAAUAAAUUUUGAGACAUUUCAUUAAUAAAUUUGAUUGUGAGUUCUACCAGAAAGUAGUAUCAGGUUAAUGAAACAUGGUCCAUUGACAAAUAAUGUAAUGUUAUUAUUUGCUAUAAACAUUUAUAUAUUUGUCAUGUACACAAAACAUAUUUUAAGCACGCUUUUGUAAUAACAAUAUUGUAAUAAUAAU